UGAGCGCAGCUCACUCGUCAUCACGACUCGGCUCCCAAACAGCGUCACAAAUGCGUCACGAUGUCUUUCAAGGUAAAAACCCGUCUUCUCUUCUGCUCCUCGCGCGCCUUCAUUCUCCGUGCGCGUGCUGGAGAGCCCUCGUGAGAAAUCCGUGUGUGCAUGCGCGUGCUGUGUGUGUUGUUGUUGUUGUUCAUUCUAAAGAAGCGGGUGGACGUUGUGUGUCUUCACCCCCCCAGAAGGAAACGCCUCUGGCCAACGCCGCGUUCUGGGCCGCGCGGAAGGGGAACGCGCCUCUCCUCCAGCUGCUGCUCAACAGCGGGCGCGUGGACGCGGACUGCAGAGACAGUUCCGGCUCCACGGCGCUGAUGGUGGCGUCCUACAGCGGCCAUUGUGACUGCGUCAAACAGCUGAUCAUGCAGGGAGCCGACAUCAACUACCAGCGAGAGACGGGCUCCUCCGCCCUGUUCUUCGCCUCCCAGCAGGGACACGAUGACGUCGUGAAGCUGCUCUUUGAGUUCGGAGCCUCCACCGAGUUCCAGACGAAGGACGGGGGCGGCGCCCUCACCGCGGCCUCUCAGUACGGACACGCCAAGGUGGUGGAGACCCUGCUGAAGAACGGCGCCAACGUUCACGACCAGCUGCAUGACGGCGCCACGCCUCUGUUCCUCGCCGCUCAGGGGGGUCACGUGACUGUGAUCCGUCAGCUGCUGUCGUCUGGGGCAAAGGUCAACCAGUCGAGGGAGGACGGCACCACCGCCCUGUGGAUGGCGGCUCAGAUGGGCCACGACGAGGCCGUGAAGGUGCUUCUCCUACGUGGGGCCGAUCGGGAUGCCGACCGACACGACGGAUCGACGGCGUUAUUCAAAGCUGCCUUUAAGGGACACAACAGCGUCAUCGAGGAGCUUCUCAAGUUUUCUCCUUCAGUUGGAAUCCUCAAGAACGGCUCCACGGCUCUUCAUGCUGCCGUCAUGGGGGGAAACCUCCAAACCGUCCUUCUACUGCUCGGGGCCAACGCAGACCCGAUGACGCCCAACGAGAAUCAUGAACUCCCUGCAGAUCUCACGAGGAGCGAUCGCAUCCUGAAGGUGUUACGUCCAAAAGUGUUGAACGGAGGCAGUUGAUGACCAUGAUGACCAACCACAGUCCUUCCUGGGGGGGGGGGGGGGUAUAUAACGACAGCACAAUGUCAAAUCUCCUCAACUACAACAUCUAUAUGCUGUUUGCUUGUGAUUAAAAUGAAGCCGUCAUAUGUUGAAUAAACGUGGACUGAAUGUGGAGCAACACAAUGUGGAACCAUCGACAAUAUGUGCUUUUAUUUUUCCUUACAUGGAGGUUAAAAGACUUCUAGAUAUUUAGCACAGUUUUUAUUUUUUAAUAGAUGUAAUAAAGUGUACAUUUGUUAAUCGA